GUCGUGCUUCGUUAUACUCCUAUCACCGACUCCGUCGUUUUGUAUUUAUUAUUCUCAACUACCGUUUCCUAUACUUUUAGCGAUCUUUUGUUAUUCUUAAGAAAUCAUACACAUCUCUGCGGCAUUUCAUCAAACACGAAAUGGGCGACUCAAAUCAGCAACUAAAAUCUGAUGCUUUGUUGGAGCAAAUGAAAACCCAUCUCACCACUGAUGCUGGAAAAGAAAUCACCAAGAAAAUUGGUCUGGUUUAUCAGCUCCACAUUGCCCCCAAAAAACUUGGGUUUAAUGAGGUGAUUUAUACUGUUGAUCUUAAGAAAGGAGAGGUUAAAAAAGGUCCUUAUGAAGGUGGAAAACCAGAUGCUGCAUUUUCAUUCAAGGAUGAAGAUUUCAUUAAGAUUGCAACUGGGAAAAUGAACCCACAAAUUGCAUUUGUGAGAGGGCUAAUGAAGAUUAAAGGCAGUAUAAGUGCUGCCCAGAAGUUUACUCCUGAUAUUUUUCCCAAGCCUGCUAAGAUGUAAUGUGAUUUAUUACUUCUUUUAAAAUCAACAGGAUGUUCUCAAGUGCCAAAAAUAUAAGUUUAUCAACAGAAAAAUACCAGUAUGUCUUAGUAGUUUAGGGAAUAUAGUUAUAUGGAUCAAGACUUACAUUGUUACUUUUUUAAGGUUCUUGAUUCUUGGUAAAAUUUAUGGUACUUUCUGUACUUCAAGUUUAUAUGAAUAAAAUCUGUCUUGUUAUUUGUGUAUAUCA